AACAGCUGGUCCCAAUUAGAGCUGCGCAAAGCAACUAAGCAAGGCCCCUUGAGCUGCUCCAAUCCAUCACAUUCCGUUUACCCCAUAUCCUAAUAUUCUAGCCUUCCCCACAAUCACAAAUCAAUGAGCAAGCAAGCAUCUCCAAACGCAGCAGCAGUUAGCUUUUCUCCACUUCUCCUCUCCCCAAUCAAACCCUAGCCCUACGCUUGCUCCGUCCGGCGAGAUCGGUCCAGCAGGAUGAGCGAGCGGGAUGCGCAUGGGAAGCCCAACGGCAGCGCGGUCGCGAGCAUCGACUCGUUCUCGCAGCUGCCGUUCAUCCGCCCGGCCCAUGAGAAGCGGCCUCCGCCGCCGCAGCCAAGCAGCUCCGGGACGGCGUGCAUCCGGCUGUUCGGGUUCGACGUCCCGCAGGACGCCGCCACGGCCUCCUCCCCCACCGACGUGAAGGAAGCCAGCAGCGUCGUCAAACAUAGCACGGCCACAACCAGUGUUGCUGAAGCGGACGCGGCUGCCCAAACGGCGGCAGGUGCGGGUGCAAGCGGCGACAGCGGGGGGAGUCGGAGGUUCGAGUGCCACUACUGCUGCCGGAACUUCCCGACGUCGCAGGCCCUGGGCGGGCACCAGAACGCGCACAAGCGGGAGCGGCACCACGCGAAGCGCGCGCAGUUCCAGACCGCCAUGGCCAUGCAGCAAGGCCAGUACUACCCGCUCCCGGACCCCCACCUCUACUACCCCGCCGUCGCCGCCUACCGGCACCACCACCGCUUCGCCGCCGAGCCGCCGCCGCACUACCCCUCGUGGACAGGCUCCAGGUACUUCAGCGGGCCCGGGUCCAUCUCGCAGCCGAUCGACGGCAGCCCGGUGACGCCGUCCGGGCUGUGGCGGGUCCCUUCAGGCGGCUUCGGCGUGGGGACGCCGUUGGCCGCGCGAUGUCAUGAACAGCCGGCGCCACCUCUGCCGGUGCCCGGAGGUGAGGAGCCAGUGGUCGUGGGAGGACCUGGCUCGACGUCGUUCUCGCCGUCGGCCUCCUCGUCGUCAUCGUCGGCUUCGCCUCAAAAGCUCCCCGCCCCGCCGGAGCCGGAGCGUAAAGAGAAUGUGAGUUUGGAUCUGAGCUUGUAGUCGAGAAAUGAUGGUCGGCGAUGGACUUGAAAUUGUUGGUAUUUUACAAAACAAAAACAAUGAGUGCCCUCUUUUUUUUUUGGCCUCCUCUCAUGCUUGGAACCAUUUAGUUCAGGGUCAAUACCGAUUAUGGUACUGCUCACUGCUUGUCGUGCUCGAUCAGGUGAUAAAUACACAUUAUAUCUCUCUGAGCCGUUUAUCUGUUCUUUUCAAGCUGUUCAA